AUGAAAUUCAGAGACGAUCACGGGUUUCGGGUAAAACAGCAGACUAUCGACAAGGAUAAGGUGAACUCAGAAGCCCAGCCUGGAAAGACCAUUUUCGAGGAGGAGACAGAGGGAGCCUCUUAUGUUAUAGAAGGCCCGCUUCGAAGAACAACGCUGUACUACUUCACGUACUUGACGUAUUGCAAGCAGAGAUGGCGGGACAGGAAGAUCUUGGAUGUGUUUCUCGAUGAGUUCAGGGAAAAGGAUCCAGAAAUCUACAGGAAAGCCAUUGCCAGCGGACAAGUCACUAUCAACAAGAAACCCACUACGUUGGAGCUGGUCGUCAAGAAUGGCGAUCUCAUAUCACACAGAUGCCAUAGACACGAACCGGCUGUAUCGCUGAGACCGAUCAAAAUCGUUUUUGAAGACGACAACGUCAUCGCCAUUGAUAAACCUUCGGGAAUCCCCGUGCAUCCUACGGGCCGCUACCGCUACAACACCAUCACGAAGAUCUUCCAGCACGAGUUUGGAAAAACCGUGCAUCCAUGCAACCGCUUGGAUAGACUCACACUGGGACUCAUGUUUCUCGGAAAGAACGCACGAGGUGCUGAUUUUUUUGUCAAGCAGAUCAGGGAAAGAAACGUCAGGAAAGAGUACAUCGCCAGGGUGAAGGGCAGGUUUCCAGUAGAGCCAGUUGAGGUGGAUCAGCCUCUUCACACUGCUUCGCCAAAACAUGCAUUGAAUGUUGUGGACCACGAAAACGGUAAACCUGCUACUACCGAGUUCAAGCGUGUUUCUUACGAUCCGGCUUCUGAUACGUCUAUCGUCAAGUGCCACCCAUUAACCGGAAGAACCCACCAAAUUAGGGUCCAUCUUCAGUACAUUGGCCAUCCUAUCGCCAACGAUCCAAUCUACUCGAGUGAAUUCGUGUGGGGUCCUGAAUUGGGCAAAGACAAUGUAGGAGCUCCUUCAGAGGUCAUUGCAAACCUAGACAGGGUUGGUAAGGACAAGGCGUGUUCUACAUGGAUACAUCCCGAGGAAGACGGUGAAAUUCUAUCUAAAAACCAAUGUCCCGAAUGUAAGAUGCCACUCCACACCGAUCCAGGCCCUAACGACCUAGAUCUCUGGCUUCAUGCUUAUAAAUAUGAGGCCUCCGAUAAGCUGUGGUCGUACUCGGCCCCAUACCCAGACUGGGCCAUCAAUCCACACCGCAAGUUCAUGGAGCUUGCUAUAGAACAAGCCAAAAAGUGUGGCGAGACCCAGACACAAUUCAAUGUCGGUGCCGUUUUGGUGCUUGACGGCGAGGUGCUUGCAACCGGUCAUUCCCGUGAAUUACCUGGCAACACCCACGCAGAGCAGUGUGCCUUGGAGAAGUACUUCAAGGAGCACAACACUCAAGACGUUCCUAAGGGUACUGAGUUGUUCACCACCAUGGAGCCCUGCUCAUACCGUUUGAGUGGAAACUUACCCUGUGUCGACAGAGUGUUAGCCACCAGCAUCAAAACCUGUUUUGUGGGUGUUCUUGAGCCUGACACUUUCGUCCAAAACAACACCGGCAAGGCCAAGUUGGAGGGGGCUGACGUCGAGUAUAUACAUAUCUCAGGCUAUGAGGAUGAGUGUCUUGAGAUUGCCAAGUUGGGCCAUGACAAAAAGGAGUGA